CCUCUGCUUUCAUAGUGAAAACCAGAACAACUUCCUAUUGCUUUCCAAUUAACUAUUUUUUUUUACCAAUUUUGAUAUGAAAAAUAUAUACAGUGGAAAGAUUUGAGUUUCUCUUAUUCCCCAACGAUAUUUUAAUGCUAGCCUCUUGGCAAGCUACCGACAGCAGAAAACGAAGUAAAUGAUAAAAACGAMAUCAACAACUUUCUAAUUUCUAAGGAGAAUAUUUUCACAUUUUCACUUCCUUUCCUAAGGUUAAAUACARAGCUCUAAAGAAAAUAUGGAAUUAAGUUUGGAAAUAUGGUUGUGGAUAUCACUUGCCGUUUUGGCGCAUGUUGGUGUAUAUGUGUUCGUCAUGCGUAAACGACCAAAAAUGCUGGUGGGACGUCAUGUAGUUAUAACUGGAGGCUCUCGAGGCAUUGGACUUUGCCUAGCUGUGGAAUGUGCAAUGAAAGGGGCUAAUGUAACUGUAAUUGCUCGUGACCAAAAAUUACUCAGUGGCGCUGUUGCUCUAAUGGAAGUAAUACGCCAAGUGCCGGAUCAAAAAUUUCAGUAUCGUUGUCUAGAUAUUGCUUUAAAUUAUGAYGAUGUAGCAAAUACUCUUAGAGAAGUUGAGGAGGGUUUAGGAGAUAUAUAUAUGUUGGUUAAUUGUGCUGGUAUGGCUAUUUGUGGUGUGUAUGAGGAUAUAUCAGUGGACGAUGCGCGAAAACUUAUGGAUAUCAAUUAUUGGGGCAGCUAUAAUUGCACACGUUAUGUAUUGCCUAAAAUGAAGAAARCUCGAGAGGGUAUCAUUGUAUUUACGUCCUCAUUAGCAGCUCUUUUCGGUAUUUACGGUUACGGACCCUACACGGCUUCAAAAUAUGCUGUCCGUGGUAUGGCUGAAACCAUUGCAAUGGAAACGCGUCAUCUGGGAAUUUUGGUAACAUUAGCUUUGCCAGCAGAUACUAAUACACCUGGUUUUGAAAACGAAGAGAAAACAAAACCGAAGGAAACGAAAAUAAUAUCAGGUGGUGGAGGCUUGGCGGAACCACAACAAGUGGCGAAACAAAUUCUUAAUGAUGCCUUGUGCGGUAACUUCAUUUCGAUUUUAGGGGCUGAGAGUUGGUUCCUUACAUUACUGGGAGGCGGUCUUUUCCGUUGGGGCGGAUUUUUUCAAAAUCUAAUUCAUGCCAUAUUAUUGGGACCCCUACGUAUUGUCGGUUGCUUUUUACACUUGCACUUCGAACGAGUAAUUAAGAAUUGUGCAAAGGAUAAAAAGGACUAAUGAUUCCGUUAUUGACAUUAUUAAUAUUUAUUUUUAACGCACAUGCAUUUAUUAAUUAAUUCAACAUACUUAAUAUUACGCUUAAUUAUUUACAAGUGUACAGUGCCUUUAUAAAGACAGUUCGAAAAAAUAUCUAAUAUUUCUGCAAUUGUACAAAUUAUUAAAAACACGAUUUUUAUAACAAUAUUAUAAUAUAAGCCAAAGAACGAAAUCUUA